AUGAUAUAUACUUACCUGGGAGGCCUGGCAGGGUUCAGCUUCGUGAUCCUCUCAAUGGCUGAGAUGGCGUCUAUGUAUGCACAGUCCACAUGUCUUGACGAUGAGAUCGCUGACCAUUAUUUUCGAUUCCCUAGGGCCCCAUUGUCCGGUGGCCAGUAUCAUUGGGUGUCGGAGUUCGCACCCCCCAGUUCCCAGGCCCUAUUGAGUUAUAUCACUGGAUGGAUUUGCGUGUUGGGUUGGCACACCGGUAUCGCAGGAUGCUGCUACACAGUCGCUAAUAUGAUGGUUGGCGUGAUUGCCAUAAACUACCCUGACACGUAUAAGUAUGAGCCUUGGCAUGUCACACUGCUUGUUAUUGCGGUGGCCAUGGUAGCCUUGAUGUUCAAUACAUUCCUAGCCCAGAAGCUCCCAUUGAUCGAAGGUAUCAUCUUGAUUGUGCACUGCUUCGGUUUCUUUGCAAUUCUGAUCCCACUUUGGGUGUUGUCCCCUAAGGUCCCUGCUUCUGAGGUAUUUGGUUCAAUCGAGAAUCGGGGUGGAUGGGACAACAAUGGACUCGCGUGUAUGGCGGGGCUGGUUGGACCCAUCUAUGCAUUGAUUGGCCCUGACUCAGCGGUUCAUAUGGCGGAAGAAAUUCGAGAUGCAUCCCGGGUGCUCCCCAUGGGCAUGGUAUGGACAUUGAUCCUCAACGGGUCUACCGGCUUGGUCAUGAUAAUCACAUUUGCGUUCUGUGUAGGCGACAUUGAUGAGGUGCUCAAGUCUGAAACAGGCUUCCCCUUCAUCCAGGUCUUCCUUAAUGCCACUGGAUCAGUCAGCGCCACGACAGGCAUGACAGUAGUGAUCAUGAUCAUGCAAUUUUGUGCGGCAAUCAGUAAUGUCGCUACAACCUCCCGUCAGAUCUACUCUUUUGCCCGAGACAAGGGUCUUCCUUUUUCCAAUUUCUUGGCCCAGGUUAACACAACCUUCACCGUUCCACUAAAUGCCCUUUGCGUCAGUCUCAUUAUUGUUUCUCUGCUCUCCCUAAUAAAUAUUGGGUCUUCUGUGGCUUUCAACGCCAUUAUGUCACUCGGCACAGCCGCCCUUCUGUCCUCCUACAUCAUUUCCAUCACCUGCGUUCGUCUUCGACGCUGGCGCAAUCAGCCUCUGCCACCGGCACGUUGGAGCAUGGGCAAGUUCACCCCCGUCUGUGAUACCAUUUCCAUCAUAGUUUUGCUGGUAAUAUGGAUCUUCAGUUUCUUCCCCCUAACCAAGAAUGUGGACCCGACUACCAUGAAUUGGAGUGUGGUUAUCUUUGGGGGCGUUGUUGUUGUUUCACUAUGUUAUUAUGUGACUUAUGCCCGGAGAGUCUACAAGGGUCCAGUGACGCGGGUAAGGAUGAUGCGGCAGUAA